GUGUCAGUGGCGUAAUAUAAAAAACCGAUCUUCGAAGCCUGUAAAGCAGACAAGGAUCUAGGAUCAUCAUCUAGGAGAUUAAAGAACCGUUCCUACCUGAUCAGAGCCUACGAGUUUACUGUUUGAGAUAUGAAUGAUACUGUGGGAAACGUAACCGGCACUUGUGAAGAGUUGAGAUUGAUGAGUGGACCAUUGCUGUUCAGCAGAACUGUAUAUGAAGUUUUUCGCUAUGUUCAAAUCACCAUUUUCAUCAUUGGAUUCCCUCUUGGUCUGUUUUUAAACACCCUUGUCAUAGUGCUUGUUGCCAAAGUGAAGAAGCUCCAGCAAACGUCGUUUUAUCUGGCACUUCAAGUGGUUGUGGUUGACUUGCUAAUUACUCUCAUUCAGUUCCCAACUACCACUGCGAACAUUAUAGCAGACGGAUGGGUUUUUGGAGCAAUUGGGUGUCCCAGUAUUGGCUUCUUUUUGUUCACACUUCGCAAUAUGAGGAACUUUCUUAUGUUUGUAUUUGUUACUGAUCGCUUUUUGACUGUAUUUGCACCAUUUUGGUACUACAAGCUAAACCACAGGAAUCUUGUGGUGGUUCCUUUGAGUGUCGCAGCAUGGUUUCUUGCCAUACUAUAUGGGCUUAUCCCAAUGCCCUUCGGCCUGGAUUGUCACGAGUAUGGAAGAAUUGCAUGGGGGUGUACUGUCUCAAAAGGCUGUAAGUAUCCAGAAAUCUGUGACGCAUACAAAAAUGCAAGUGUCGUGUUGUCCAAUGUGAUAGGCGGUCUGAUACCUUUGGUGAUGUAUAUAGUGCUAUACUGUAAAGCAAAACAAUUAAAGAAAAAAUAUCCGACAAUUGUACUCGGCAAAGUAAUGGUGCAUAAUUCGUUACAAAAAAGUGGUUCGACGUCCAGCAAAACUCCUGAUGAUAGAAAGCAAUCUGUUAUUUCGAGCUCAUCAACCAGUGACCAGUUUAGUGGAAGCAGCAGCUGUUCUGAAAAAAAACGAAAAAGAGAUGAAACAGCAAACAUAACAUUUGCUCUUCUGUUCCUAACACUCAUUGGUGUGUCAUUCCCUUCAACCUUCUUCUUUGUUAUUGGUACAUCUGCUUUCAGUGCACAAGGCAUCCGACCACCUGAAGUUUUUGUCAUUUUCAUCACAAUCUUUCGAUCACUGUUCAAUUUUCUUGUUGUCCUAGAUCCAAUUGCUAUUAUGCGCAACAGAGAUGUACGGAGUGCCCUGAGGGAAUGGUAUCAACACUUAAGAUAUCGAUUUCAAGGUGAGGCAAGGCCUAUUUAUGGAACUCCUAAGAGAGAGCAUCCAAGUGAAAAUACUUCAAAAUAUGUUGAUGAGAAGAGAGAGAGAUACGUGGAAAUUAGUGAGAUAACUAUAUAACAACCAUGACGAGUUACUGACUCUAUAUACAAUACAGAACUAGUCUAUUAUUUACGGAACAACGUACUGCUGCAACUUUCAUACUGUUUUUAGCAAAAAUGUACAUGCAUG